AUGAUUUGUGGGCUUGGGACUUCGCAAAACCACACCCCUGGGCAAGGGCUGUUUCAGAGAAAUACCAGGGAGGCCCUGACCUCUUCCUCAGAAGAUUCUCCAAGACUCUUGGGGUUUCUUGAGCUGGUGGUUCCUAUCCUGUCCAGCUCAUUCUCUUCAUCACAGGCAGCAUAUGAUCCAUUUUUGUCCCCAAACUUUCUGUUUAAAUCUAGAUGGAAGCUGAUUCUGCAUUUUCACCAGAGGGUAAUACUCAAGGUUUUUAUUUACACACCUGUAAUCAAAAUGCAAUACUAUAAACUUUUACUGGCGAGACUCCUGAACUCAGUCUGUUUUCUUCUAGUAAAACCCAGCACUUUCCUCCUCUUCAUUCUUCCCACCACUGUGGCUUUAGCUGUCUUCAAGUUCUUCCUCAUCUGCAUCUUCAUUGUCUUAUGUCUUCACCGUCUUUGA